AGAGUGCUCUAUAUAAAGUUCUGAGGAUCUCAGUAGCACCUUAUUGAAGCAACGAUUGACAAAAUGAUCAUGCAGAAUCUCCACAUGGGCAUCCUCUCAGCCAUUCUUCUUCUAAUGGCGGCAUCGAGACUAUCGGCACAAGAACCAACCACAGAUCCCACUCUGAGCAACUCAUCACUGACCACUCAGCUUGAAAACAGCAACAUGGAGGACCCUCGGCUCCUGGGUUCACACAGGCCAUGUGGAAGUACAGACCAGCACUACUGUCUCAAUGGCGGCACAUGCAUCUACCCCCAAGACAACACAAAAGCAUUUUGCAUCUGCCCAGCCGGCUUCAGCGGGAAUCGCUGCCAAUUUGACCGUGAGCUGGAAUCCUUGCUUUCUUGUUAUGGCUAUCGCCUUUCUACGGAGCAUUUGAUCGCCAUCAGCUGUGCGGCGGCCAUACUUGUUUUCAGCCUGGCCUUUCUCAUCUAUUGUAUUGUCCGAAAGAGGUGUAUGACGUCAACAAAACUAGUCGAAUCCAGUCCAUCUGAGAUAACGGUGUGACAUCUUCCCCUGACAAUGUCUUCUACCAUCGUUAUCGUUUUUUACGUCGCCCCUUCCACUAUUUUACAGUACAGCAGGAAGAAAAGCUGUUUUGCACCUUAAAUGUUUUCUACCAAGCACACAGCAAUCAACGGAAAAACAAUGAUGCUUCAAACAACACAAUGUGAUUAUUUAUUAUUUUGUAUAAUCUAACUUAUUUUGUGCUUUUUGUAUUUAUUAUGGUUAAAAUAAUAAAUUAAACGUUUAAUCUC